UUCACCACUUGUGUUUUUUCACUACUCAUCAAACCCCUGACUCAGUGGGGAGCGAAGACCGACACAGAAACCCUUGCUUCCGCCAUCUCCUUCUCCUCGUCUCGGCUCUGAAUCAGAUUUUCAUUUCAGACUUUCACUGGAAAAAAAAAAAAAUGACAAGGGCGUCCCUCCUUCACUUGGUCCGUUCGCACGCCGCUCGUCGUCUCAAAUCCACAAACCAAAACUCCCUCUCAGUUUUUGCUAGUUCAGACCAUCAUCAGUGGAGGUCUGGAACAUGGCUACACUCACCUGUUGUCGAAACCAAUCCUAAGUGUAGGCUCUCCGUUGCCCAGAAAAGAUGGUCUUCACAAUCCACUACACCUCAAGAUGACAGCAAGAUCAGCAUUGGACCUCAGAGAGGGGAAAAUUCUGGGGAUGAUGAUAAGGGCACAGGGAUUAUCUAUUACGGUCCAAUCUCAAGCACUAUAAAAAAGGUCAAACUCCUCUCUCUCUCCACCUGCUGCCUCUCAGUCUCUUUGGGUCCCGUCAUUACCUUCAUGACGUCUCCCGGCAUGAACGUGAUUGUGAAAGGGGCGGUGGCUUCUACAGUCAUAUUCCUCAGUGCUUCCACCACUGCUGCUCUCCACUGGUUUGUGAGCCCUUAUAUUCACAAGCUGAGGUGGCAACCAGGAUCAGACAGCUUUGAUGUUGAGAUGUUGUCCUGGCUCGCAACAUCUGUUCCCAAAACAAUCAAGUUUUCUGAUAUCAGGCUACCGGAGACAAAUAGGCCUUUUGUGACAUUUAAAGCGAAUGGAAAGUUUUACUUUGUUGAUGAGGAGCACUGUCAUAACAAGGCCUUGUUAGCGAGGCUGACCCCACAGAAGGUGACUCAAGAUUCUGCUUUCAAGAAUUUAUGAUCCGCAGCUUGUGAUGGACAAUUAUCAGCUUUGAGCCUUGUGAAGGUACUUUCUUCCUUUUUGGCAUUAGAAUAAUCACGACACAGUUUUGGUAAUGUGAUAAACAAGCAGUGUAUGCAAUUCUCACUACAAGUUGGAUGAGUUUGAGAUCGGGAGAAACACUUUUGCUGUGCAAUGUUUGUUGAGCUGAAAUGCUGAAUACCUGCAUUGCAUGGUAAAAUUCAUCACUUUUUCUUCUCUGUUUUUUUUUUUUUUGCCUGUUUUGGGCUGUCAUGUUUCUGUUAUUUUCUUGUGCAUAUGAGAAUUUUGUGAUCCAUUUCUAUUGUAGUGCCCAAUAUUGCUUUUUUUUAAGACAUGGGUCCAAUAUCAGGUUUACGUUGAUCAAAACACGGUAUGUUAACCCUAAGUUUGAUUCAAGUUGAUAUGCAGUACCCGGGUUUCUCUUUGAA